CGUUCCGAAGAUGACGUCGGAGCGUUCUCGAAUCCCGUGUCUCUCGGCUGCUGCUGCCGAAGGAACAGGGAAAAAGCAACAAGAAGGAAGAGCAAUGGCGACACUGGAUCGCAAAGUGCCCAGUCCGGAGGCGUUUCUGGGCAAACCCUGGUCCUCCUGGAUCGACGCCGCCAAAUUACACUGCUCCGACAAUGUAGAUUUAGAAGAGGCUGGAAAAGAGGGUGGAAAAAGCAGGGAGGUUAUGAGGCUUAAUAAAGAAGAUAUGCACUUGUUUGGCCACUACCCAGCACACGACGACUUCUACCUCGUGGUGUGCAGUGCCUGUAACCAGGUCGUCAAGCCGCAGGUCUUCCAGUCCCACUGCGAGAGAAGACACGGUUCAAUGUGUAGACCUUCUCCCUCUCCGGCGUCUCCACCCUCCAAUGCCCGGACAUCACUAGUACAGGUGAAAACAAAAGCCUGUCUCAGCGGCCAUACCUCUGCCAGCAGCUCCUCAAAGCCAUUCAAAACGCCCAAAGACAAUCUCCUAACCUCCAGCAGCAAACAGCACACAAUCUUUUCAGCGAAGGGAUCAAGGGACAAAGCAUGUGUUCCGGUUCCCGUAGUCAGUUUAGAGAAAAUUCCUAACCUAGUGAAGGCAGAUGGUGCCAAUGUCAAAAUGAACUCUACAACCACUACUGCAGUCACUUCCUGCUCCACCUCAUCCUCUGCCGUCUCCACCCCACCUGUAAUUAAGCCGGUCUUGAUGUCCAAGUCAGUGCCACCUUCCCCAGAGAAGAUCUUAAAUGGCAAAGGAAUUUUGUCUGCCACCAUGGACAAGAAACACCAAAAUGGCACCAAAAACAACAACAAGCCUUACAGGAGACUUUCAGAGAGAGAAUUUGACCCAAAUAAACACUGUGGAGUAUUGGAUCCCGAGACAAAGAAACCUUGCACAAGAUCCCUCACCUGCAAGACUCAUUCACUAAGCCAUCGGAGGGCAGUCCCAGGCCGGAAAAAGCAAUUUGACCUCCUUCUGGCGGAACACAAAGCCAAGUCCCGGGAAAAAGAAGUUAAAGAUAAAGAGCAUCUCCUGACUUCGGCAAGGGAAGUACUUCCAAACCCAUCCGGGCCAGCGCAGGACUCGCUGCCGGGAUCUUCAGGGAGCUUGGGCCCAGAACCUAAAGUCGCGUCCCCUGCAAAAUCCAGGCCACCUAACUCUGUGCUUCCUAGACCAUCAUCUGCAAAUAGCAUAAGCAGCAGCACAUCUUCCAAUCACAGUGGCUACACUCCGGAACCCCCUCUACCCCCAGUUGGAGGUGACCUCGCCAGCCGACUGUCAAGUGAUGAAGGGGAGAUGGACGGAGCCGACGAAUCCGAGAAGUUCUUAGACUGUCAUUUCUCCACCCACCACCCCAGACCUCUUGCGUUUUGCUCAUUCGGGAGUCGCCUCAUGGGACGAGGGUACUAUGUGUUUGAUAGAAGAUGGGACCGUUUUCGAUUCGCACUAAACUCCAUGGUAGAAAAACACUUGAAUUCACAGAUGUGGAAGAAGAUCCCUCCUGCGGCAGAUAGCCCCAUGCCCUCGCCAGCAGCCCACAUCACCACCCCUGUUCCAGCAUCCGUUUUACAGCCUUUCAGCAACCCCAGUGCUGUGUAUCUUCCUUCAGCUCCCAUCAGCUCGAGACUCACCUCUUCUUACAUAAUGACAUCAGCCAUGCUCUCAAAUGCAGCUUUUGUGACAUCGCCGGACCCGAGCGCCCUCAUGUCACACACCACAGCUUUCCCUCAUGUGGCCGCAACCCUCAGCAUCAUGGACUCAACCUUCAAGGCCCCAUCCGCCGUGUCCCCGAUACCGGCUGUCAUCCCUUCCCCAUCUCACAAGCCAUCCAAAACCAAAACCAGCAAAUCCUCAAAAGUCAAAGACCUGUCCACCCGUAGCGACGAGUCUCCAAGUAACAAAAAGAGGAAGCCGCAGUCUUCGACUUCCGCCUCUUCCUCCUCCUCCUCCUCCUUAUCCCUGCAGACAUCCCUCUCGUCCCCAUUAUCAGGGCCCCACAAAAAGAACUGUGUUUUGAAUGCCAGUUCAGCUUUGAACUCCUAUCAGGCAGCCCCUCCCUAUAACAGUCUGUCUGUGCACAACUCAAACAACGGGGUGAGCCCACUCAGUGCCAAACUGGAGCCCUCAGGACGGACCUCGCUGCCCGGCGGCCCUACGGACCUAGUGAGACACGUGGGCUCGGGGGGCGGCAGCAGUGACUCCUGUCCCCUCUCUGUGCCCUCCCUUGCAGGGGACCUCUCUCUGGCCUCACACAAUGCCGUGUCUUCUCUGCCCCUCUCUUUUGACAAAUCAGAAGGAAAAAAGCGUAAGAACUCAAGUUCUAGUAGCAAAGCCUGUAAAAUCACUAAAAUGCCUGGAAUGAAUAGCGUUCACAGAAAGAACCCACCCAGCCUUCUUGCACCGGUGCCCGAUCCUGUUAACAGCACCUCCUCUCGGCAGGUUGGGAAAAAUAGCAGCCUAGCUUUGUCACAAUCCAGUCCUUCAAGCAUAUCCAGCCCAGGACACAGCCGACAGAAGACCACAAACAGAACGGGCAGGAUAAGGACUCUUCCAUAACAAGACUAUGAAGCCACUUCCAAACCAAUGCCUGGCCGUGGGACCUCACCCCAGGAGGCCAAGGCCAGGGGAGGGAGGGGUGUGGGCAGUGGGGAAGAGUCUGUUUCCUGUGCCCUACCUGUGGCUCUGGCCUUUCUUCUUCUUUUUUUAAUUGACCGAUUUUUAGUUUUGAGGAAAAAGAAAAAGGCAAAAAGAACGUGAAUUUGAGAUUUACAGAAAACAAUACCAGUGUUUUGUUUCCGUUCUUUAAGUUGCCACGUGUAUACCUUCUUCCAAGUUUGGGGUCCCUCCUCUAGCUUCUGAUGCUGCUACUGCAUCAUUUUGCUCCGGCCACAAGAGCAGACAUUGUAGAAUGUCCGUCCCUGGUUGGCAUCGUCUGGAACCCUUGAACUUGAGCAUGCGCAGUGCUCCUUUCCUUGCCCUCUCCCAUCCUUCCCUUCUAUCCCCUCCUACCUGCCACUCUCUGGGUCCCCACUGACCACCAGAGGUGCGGGCUCUCAAAAGCUCCCUCUAGACAGCGUGCUGCAUCGGGGGACGGUUAUGGGGGAGCAGCCCGUGUUUGGCGAGCAGAGAGCUGGAGGGUGGGCGAGUGCCCGCAUCAGGUUUCUAGGACGCACCAGCACAGAGGAGCGAGAUGCAAAGUUGAGAACGGCAGCCGUUUAAUGAUGGGGCUUACUCAGUACCACUGUCCAGCUGUGCAGCUCGGAGAGGAUGUCCUGGGUUAGGGACAGAGGCAGGAAUGGAUGGACCUGGGAGGUGGCAGGAAGAAGGGCCUGGGGGUAGGAGAAGAUAUCCUCAAAAGAUGGUAGGAACUGGGUGACUGAUCAUCUGAGCGUGUUAGGAAUCCAUGCUGCAAAAUCCCUUCCAGGGCACCGUGUACGAGGGCGCAAAGCUGGGCGAGUCACAGGGGGAGGAAUCCCAGGGAAAAGGGCACAAGACCUCAGGAAGAGGCACAGUGCCCACCGCUGUGGAAGGUCUCAAGCUGCCCUCCGGGGCGCUGCCAGAGGAGAAAAAGCAGAGCCGGAAGGAAAGGCCUGAGGGAAAGCUGCCAUGGAGGGUUCAUUGCCAAAUGGCUGGUGAUUGGUGAGAGUAAUAACUAGCAUUGCCCAGCCACCUCCAUGCCCUGGGCCAGAGGGCCCCGUGGACUCAGCACACCCAUAGAUCAGCUCAUGCUAGGUUGUCAGAGGCCACCACUCCGAUACAGCCAACCCAGGAAGGAGUGGUAAGGCCACUGCUUAUGGAGAAGAGCCAUUUGGAAGAUCCAGAAGGGAGAAGCUGGAGGCCUGCAGCUAUAAAACUGUUCACACUGGAGUUUUGAAAGAAACCAAUACCAUAAGCUCUAAUUGGGAAUCAUAGUCAAGAAAGGAAUUCACCAUAUAAAAUAUGUGUUCUGUGCUAUGAAUCAUGUAACUUUGUAUACAGUAUAAUGGCAGAGAUACCAGGAGGUUUUGCUUCAUCCCUAAGUCAGAAAUGAAUGCCAGUUUUGCAGCUGGACAUAAACCCUCACCCCCACCCUGAAGUUUUCCUUUUCUUUCCCAUUUCCCCCAAGCCCAAGGAUCAGACUACUGUUAAAUUUCACCGUAUGAUUGGAUUUUGCAAAGACGGGAGGCAAACGGAGUGAUUUGCAUCAAUGGAAUUGCACUGACAGUGUUUCUUAAUAGGAUUACUAAAAUUUUUAAUAUAAAAUGAAGAUUUUUUUAAAAAUCAGGAGUUGAUAUUAGGUACUAGGACAUUAGUUCGGAUGAUUUCAUUUUUAUUUCUACAGUGUUAAAAGUGCACUUAUAUGCUGGUUUAUUUCCAUCUUGGGAAAAAGAGACUGCAAAUUGAAGGGAAGAUUGUUACUUUUUCUUUUUUUUAAAAAAAAAGGUUAAGGCAGAUUUUAAGACUUAUAAAUGUUUAAGAAAUUAUAAACAAGGUUAGACCCUUUGAAAAAAAAGUUUAGAAGAUAUUCUUAAAGUAAAUUUUUAUAGUGUUAAUUUUGUAAUAAUUUAUGUUUUACUAUAUUACAGAGCUAACUGACCAGAAUAGUUUCAGAAACAAUAUGAAACUUAGGAAAGUUGAAGCAACGUUUAUAUUUUUAAAAUGUUCUUUGAAUUAUGUUUUUAUUGUACAUUUCUUCAGACUGAAAAGUAUGUACAUAUCUUUGUUAUUUUUGCACAAUUUUCGUCUCGUUCGGUUUUAGAAGUCUGGGUUUUUUUUAUAAUUUAUUUUGAGUUGUAAUACUUGCAGGAGUAAAAACAAAAAAAAUCUCAGCAACAAAAUAACCCUCUGAUUUAUAAACUCUUACACUCAAAGAAGGAAAACAAAAGUUGAGAGAUUAAGUGGCUGCUUCUGAGAAAUAAUGUCUCAACAGGGACUAAAGGAGCAAUUCAAUGGAUUUUAAACAUUUUAGCUCUCUACAUCUUGAAUUGCAAGCUGGAAUAAAGAGGCUCCCCACCGAAUGCUGCUUACUUGGUGAAAGACUGGCUCUGACCAAGGUGAGGACACUUCUGGAAAACUGAGCAAAAAGGGAAAACCCACGGUGUUUCUUCCUUCACAGUCACCUACAGGUUUACUUUAUAAUGAUGUAUUCAAAACUCACAGCUUGAAAAAUGGAAUGCAAAUAAAAGGUUUUCUUUCGGUUUGUUUGAAUGGAGUUCAACUGGACCAGCCUAUAAAGCAUUAUUAGGGGGAUAUCGUUCGGGUACUUCUGUUCUGCACACCCCACCUAGCCCUCUCUCCCAGCCCCUUGACUGCACACACACCCCCAUCUGCCUGAAGAUCUCGUGACUUGUCGCCAGCCAUAGAGGCUCGAAAGCUCUGGUUGUUAAAGCGUAACGCAAUGCAUAGACCUGUCAGCCAUAAAAAAAAAAAAAAAAAAAAAAAAGCGACCUGGAUAACUUGUAUGCCUUCUUUUGUAUCAAUGUACCAAUUGUAAAUAAUGCUGAUCAACCUUUGUAGAGAAUAGUUUAUACAGCAUAUUCUAUUAUUGCUGAUUCUCAGUGAACUCUUGUUUUAAAAAAGGAAAAAAAGAAAUUUUCUAUUUACACCUUCUAUUUUGUUAUGCUGUCGGCCCAUGGCACUUUAACAAAACUCUGUGGGUUUUACGUAGCUGGUCAGUCAUGGGGUAUAUUCAAUAACUGUUGUUGCACAGACGAGAAUUUGCACCUGCUCAUUUGUCCUUUCCUACUACCGAUUUUAGAACCUUUUCCAGAAGAAUUUUGAAGAAAGCAUGUCCAAACAUUCUAAACAAAUGCCACACUUGUGGAGUGGGUUUCUUUUCUACAAUCCAUAUUUUGUAACACUAAGUAUUUUCCUUCUUUGUCCUGCACCUUUAUGUAUUAGCACUAUCAGAUAGAAUUCAUUCCAUGCCUGUGAUAUUGUAAGCAGAAUAAAUGUCUAAAGUAGGUGUAAAUAGUAAAUCCUAUGGCUUACAGUUUUAAAAAGGAAAGAACAAACAUGUAUCUAUUGAUACUGCCAUGGUUCAGCACCAGGCCUGGAGACAUUCUCCAGUGAGCGA